AUGUCUUCGGAAAUGACGCCUUUACAGAAAAGCGUGCUUGAAAGGUACCAAUCACUAGCGGAGUCGCUACGAGAAUUGAAGGAAACGCUUUCUGAUCUAAACAAUACUCAUGAGAAUUCGAAACCGGAAGAAAUCUUGCAAGAAAUGCGAGAAAUUGAGGUGAAGAUAUCGCUAGUCAGUACCCUAAUGAAGGGGGCUGUUUAUUCGCUUGUGCUGCAGCGGUGGGCUGAUAAAAAUCCGCAGGUAUGA